GAUCGAUCAUCGUAUCAUUCAAUUUCUAGGCCCCGUUCGGUGUUAGGUUCUCAUCACCCUAGCACAAGGGCUGAAGAUCAAAAGAGGGGUGUUUUGUAUUGCUACGUCUAAAGAAGUCCCCUUUAAGCGUGUUUCUCUCUCUCUUUCUCGUUUGACGUCAGCUUUCUUUGUCUUCUUCCUUUCCUCUUCGAUCCGCGGGUGUUAAGGGAAACGAAUUGCUUUGGGUUUUUGAUGCCGAACAUGAAUAAGGUUUCGCUGUUAACGCUAUUCUCGAAAGGGGGAAAAAAAGAUGCAGAAUUGCGUUUAUAGUCGGCACACACUCACCACGUUAACCACUCAUUUGCAGACCCCAGCAGCCCCAAUCACGUGCAUGGCCCAAAAGAUUAAGCAGACGCGCAACAACAACAACAAAACUCUGUGUUCUUCACUGUAGCAUCUUGCCGCUGCAAAGUUGCAAGAUGCUACGUUGAACGCAUUCAAUGCAACUGAUAUAUUGUGUUUUUAGAGAAGUGGUGAUCAUUGGUCUUGUUUGAAAAGCGCAAGGCCCACAUAUUAAUUGCAAUGAACGAAAAUCACACAUGUUUUUUUCUGUUCUUGUUGUUCUUUACGUACCUGGUAGAAAAGUUUUACUUCAUUUUUCUGUCUUCUUUUCUGAUCUUCUCCACUUCUGCUUUUAGUUGGUGUUGUCUCACACAGUACCCUCCCAGGUGCUGAAUUUAUCCAUCACACUCUCUAUCGUGCUACUGUUGUGGUUGUUCAUAAUAAGCAUCGAACACACACACACAAACACAAAGGUUUGCCCCGCUUCGUUCUUAUUUCUCUCUUCGUUGCAGGUGUCGAGGCGCUGCUUCGUGCCAUCUUUCCCGUUUCUAUUCAAUAGAUAUCAUUUCAUCACCAGCUUUUUCGCGCAACAGAAAGUGGCAGCAGCACCCCUACGUUCGUCUACUAUUUUUCUUUCUUUCUGCUCUUUCAAGGUGCAGCGGAACCACUGGUUUCAGGUGUUCGGUGCACAUUGCGUAAAGGCCGCUUCAGGUGUGCGCGCUGCCCGUUUUCAUCUGCCCUAGAUCAACUGCAUUUUCCUGUGAACUGAAACUUGCAUCGUUUCCAGCUUCUCGUUGCUGUACGCGAGCCUUUCGCUCUCUGCAAAAACCUGGUUUUACGUGUUUUCAUAUAUGGCGCUGUUCAACUAAAAAGAAGCACCGCACACCAUCUACGAGACACCAAUGGAGUCUCAGUCGCGCGAAACGGUGUGGUACCUAGCACGCAUGUGCGCCUUGUGGGGUGCCAUCUCGGGGAGCUUCAACAUUUUACAAAUAUGCAUCCCACUCAUCACGCGCGACAUCAGCAAAGACGGCGCUGCGCAGUGGCUGGGCAUCUUCAUGAGCACCAACGCGGUCUGCGGAGCCUUUUUUAGCGUUGGCGGCGGAUUCGUCUCCGACUUUGUCGGACGCAUGGCGCUGAUGCAGCCAUGGACGUUUUACUUUUUCCUCUCCAUCCUCGCCGUGAUGGCCGCCGACUACUUCUCCAACGUGUACUUCCUUCUAUUCGCCCGCACCGCUGCCAUCUCGAUCCCGACAACCAUCCUGCUGGCCUACCUUUCGGACUUCCUGCGCGAUGCCGCUCUCGUGGAGUCAUACGGGUACCUGAGUGGCAGCUUCGGUGUGGUUAACCUCACAGCUACCCUGCUCUGCGGCUUGUUAAAUGAGAUGUACUCCCGGGCGGCAUCGCUCCUUCUCGCGCUCUUUCUGUCCGCCGUCGCGCUGUACCUCGUCCUGUUCUCGCCCGCACCCGCAUCCGUGCAGGAGGCGUUGAUAGAACGUGCCGAAGAGACACGACAGCGAGGCAAGAAGGACACGGUGAGCCGCGAGGAGUUCUACCGCGCCAUCCGUCUCAUCGUCGCCGACCGCUAUCUUCUUUUGGUCUGCAUAGCCUGCUCCACGGUGCGCAUGGCAAACAUGAACGAUCAUCUGAUGCUUGUCUUCUUCAUAUCCUACCGCACCAACGGGAGCUUGUCUUCCAUUAGUUACGUUCUCGGUUUGAUGGCGUUCACCAUGUCUGUGAGUCAGCUCGUGCUGCUUCCUCUGGCCGUGCGCCGCCACUGCGUGUAUUCUGCGCUGCUAAUUUCGCUGUUGCUCAUGUCCGUCUGCGUCGCGAGCAUGGCUCUGUGCUUUAGCCUGCCGAAUUUUGCCGUGGCGGUGCUCUUGUUGGGGUGCAGCCUCAUCGCGCCUUCGGUGUUCAACGCGCGCAUAUCCGCCCUAACGUCCGCCAGUGGAAUCUCGGGUGUGACCUUAGGUGUCGUCAGCACCCUCACGAACACGACGGAAGCCUUUGCGGCAGUGCUUUACGGUAAUCUGCUGCAAUGGGCAUCGCAGGCGUUUGGGGUGGAGUCCGUGUGGAGCGGCAUCCCUUUUAUAAUUAACGGUGCGACAGUUUUGCUCGCGAUGCUUCUGGUGAUGUAUGCGGAGUGGCGAUACGGUAGGAAAUUUGGUCCUUGGGGCUCGGAGGACAGGCGACAGGCGGAGUCGUUGGUGGAGAGUAACAACGAUGACUCGCCUGAGGUGGAAGAUUCAAAAAUGGGACACCUCUUUAACAAGGACACGGAUGUGUUUGGUGCAACGACGCUCCAGCGACCUCUUACAUCGCCCUUUAUUAAUUCAAUGGUGGUCUCGCUUCACCCGGAAAAGUCCGACAAAGGGUAG